UGAAGCAAGAUGGCCGCCCGAUAGUCAACCGGGGCGGCGGCGGCGGUAACGGCGGCGGCGGCGGCGAGCGGCCCCCCUCCCGCCCCCCCCCUCUCCCCCGCGCCUCCGGUACCGCCCCCGGGAUCAGGACCAUGUCGCUGCUCUGCGUUGGAGUUAAAAAGGCCAAGUUCGACGGGCCCCAAGAGAAGUUUAACACCUACGUGACACUGAAGGUACAAAAUGUCAAGAGCACAACCAUCGCGGUGCGGGGCAACCUGCCCUCCUGGGAGCAGGACUUCAUGUUCGAGAUCAACCGGCUUGACCUGGGCCUGACGGUGGAGGUGUGGAACAAGGGGCUCAUCUGGGACACCAUGGUGGGGACAGUGUGGAUACCCCUCCGGACCAUCCGGCAGUCCAAUGAGGAGGGCCCUGGGGAAUGGCUCACGCUCGACUCCCAAGUCAUCAUGACCGACAACGAGAUUUCAGGCACCAAGGACCCCACUUUCCACCGUAUCCUCCUCGACACCCGCUUUGAGCUGCCACUGGAUAUCCCCGAGGAGGAGGCCAGGUAUUGGGCCAAGAAGCUGGAGCAGCUCAAUGCAAUGCGGGACCAGGACGAUUAUGCCUUCCAGGAGGAGCAGGAAAAGCCUCUGCCUGUUCACAGCUCCCAGUGCUGCAACUGGAAUUAUUUUGGCUGGGGAGAACAGCAGAACGAUGACCCUGACAGCACCGUGGAUGACCGGGACAGCGAUUAUCGCAGCGAGACCAGCAACAGCAUCCCGCCACCGUACUACACCACCUCCCAGCCCAACGCCUCUGUCCACCAGUACCCCAUGAGGCACCAGCAGCAGAGCUCCCGUGACUCCUACACUGACUCCAUGCAGAGCUAUGAGAUGGACUACUCAGACCAGCGUCCCAUCAGACGCUAUGGUAGCGUAGACUCUGCCGCAAACGGACGCAGCGACGCUGAGUCCGCUUCCGAGUCGAGCAGGCGGACCAGCCGCCAGCCUUCCCUUGAGAGCAGGCGGUCCCUAGACCUAUCAGAUAGCCCCACAGGGAGCAGCCGCUACGCCUCGUCGGCUGAGCUGAGCCAGGGCAGCUCCCAGCUGAGCGAGGACUUCGAGAACGAAAGCCUGCGGGACUCGGAACUGGAUGAGCGAGACGGCGACUCCUACCACUCCUGCCACAGCUCCGUCAGCUACCGCAAGGACUCGCCCCGCUGGGAGGAGGAGGAUGACGACCUCUAUCUGGAGGAGGAGGAAGAGGAGGAGGAAGAGUUCAAUGAGGACUACAGCGAGAAUGAGGAAGGCUACCCCAAGGAGGAGGAGGAGGACCUACAGGAGCAGGGCACCUAUGAAACCUCCGAGCACGAUGCCUAUCCCCCACCACAGAAACCCCCCGGGCAGCAGCAGCAACAGGUCCCACAGCAGCAGCAGCAACUGCAGCAACCCCAGCUGGUCCCACAGCUGAAGCCACAGCAGCAGGAGAGGAAGGAGGAGAGAAAAGAGGAGAGGAAGGAGGAGGACACCUCUGCUCCCCAGGAAGCCCCAGAGGCCCUCCAGGCCCAGCGGGGAGCAGAUGAAGCUCCCCUGCCAGAUGCGACCCCUGAGCCUGAGCCCCCGAAACCGGCCGAGAGGGAGCAGGCAGAGGUGGAGGUGCAGGACCCCAAAGCACGAGCCAAAGCCAACUGGCUGCGAGCCUUCAACAAGGUCUGCAUGCAGCUGCAGGAGGCCCGCGGGGAAGGCGAUGGAGAAGCUAAAUCCCUGUGGUUCAAAGGCGGGGGGGCAGCAGUAAGGUUUCUGCGCUGCAUUAACAGCAUGCCCGACAUUAAGCCUGGACGCAAAUCUCUCCCUCUAGUCAGCGAUCUGGUGAGCUCCCUGGUCCAGUCCAGGAAAGCGGGAAUCACAUCUGCGCUGGCCUCGAGCACCUUGAACAAUGAGGAGCUGAAAAACCAUGUUUACAAGAAGACCCUGCAAGCCUUAGUGUAUCCAAUCUCCUGCACGACGCCCCACAACUUUGAGGUGUGGACGGCCACCACCCCAACCUACUGCUACGAGUGCGAGGGGUUGCUCUGGGGCAUUGCCCGGCAGGGCAUGCGCUGUGCCGAGUGUGGCGUCAAGUGCCACGAGAAGUGCCAGGACCUGCUUAAUGCUGACUGCCUGCAGAGGGCGGCGGAGAAGAGCUCCAAGCACGGAGCGGAGGACCGGACCCAGAAUAUCAUCAUGGUGCUCAAGGACCGCAUGAAGAUCCGGGAGCGCAACAAGCCAGAGAUAUUUGAGCUGAUCCAGGAGGUGUUUGGGGUCACCAAGACCACGCACACGCAGCAGAUGAAGGCAGUGAAGCAGAGUGUCCUGGAUGGCACCUCCAAAUGGUCGGCCAAGAUCAGCAUCACGGUCGUUUGUGCCCAGGGCCUGCAAGCAAAGGAUAAGACGGGUUCCAGUGACCCAUAUGUCACUGUCCAGGUUGGAAAGACAAAAAAAAGGACUAAAACUAUCUACGGCAAUCUCAACCCGGUCUGGGAGGAGAAUUUCCAUUUCGAGUGCCAUAACUCUUCCGACCGCAUCAAGGUCCGCGUCUGGGACGAAGAUGACGACAUUAAGUCCCGCGUCAAGCAGCGCUUCAAGAGGGAGUCAGACGACUUCCUGGGCCAGACGAUCAUCGAGGUCCGGACCCUGAGUGGGGAGAUGGACGUCUGGUACAACCUCGACAAGCGGACAGACAAGUCGGCUGUGUCUGGAGCCAUCCGGUUGCACAUCAGCGUGGAGAUCAAAGGCGAGGAGAAGGUGGCUCCCUACCACGUACAGUACACCUGCCUGCACGAGAACCUGUUCCACUUUGUGACGGAUUUGCAAAACAAUGGGGUGGUGAAGAUCCCAGAUGCCAAGGGGGAUGACGCCUGGAAGGUGUACUUUGAUGAGACAGCGCAGGAGAUCGUGGACGAGUUUGCCAUGCGUUACGGCGUGGAGUCCAUCUACCAGGCCAUGACGCAUUUUGCCUGCCUUUCCUCCAAAUACAUGUGCCCAGGGGUGCCGGCAGUGAUGAGUACCCUGCUAGCCAACAUUAAUGCCUACUAUGCUCACACCACGGCUUCCACCAACGUCUCGGCCUCCGACCGCUUUGCCGCUUCCAAUUUCGGGGUAAGUCCGAUGAAGGAGCGGUUUGUCAAACUCCUCGACCAGCUGCACAACUCACUGCGGAUUGACCUCUCCAUGUACCGGAACAACUUCCCUGCCAGCAGUCCUGAACGGCUGCAGGAUCUCAAGUCCACAGUGGAUUUGCUGACCAGCAUCACCUUCUUUCGGAUGAAGGUCCAGGAGCUGCAGAGCCCCCCACGAGCCAGCCAGGUGGUGAAGGACUGUGUGAAAGCCUGCCUUAACUCCACCUAUGAGUACAUCUUCAACAACUGUCACGAGCUGUACAGUCGCGAGUACCAGACCGACCCGACUAAGAAAGGCGAGGUGCCCCCUGAGGAGCAGGGCCCCAGCAUCAAAAACCUGGACUUCUGGUCCAAGCUCAUCACCCUGAUAGUCUCCAUUAUCGAGGAGGACAAGAACUCCUACACGCCCUGCCUGAACCAGUUCCCCCAGGAACUGAACGUGGGGAAGAUCAGUGCCGAGGUGAUGUGGAACCUCUUUGCUCAGGACAUGAAGUACGCGAUGGAGGAGCAUGACAAGCACCGCCUGUGCAAGAGCGCAGACUACAUGAACCUGCACUUCAAGGUGAAGUGGCUGUACAACGAGUACGUCACCGAGCUGCCUUCCUUCAAGAGCCGUGUGCCCGAGUACCCCGCUUGGUUCGAGCCCUUUGUUAUCCAGUGGCUGGAUGAGAAUGAAGAGGUAUCACGGGAUUUCCUACAUGGAGCGCUGGAGCGGGACAAGAAAGAUGGGUUCCAGCAGACGUCAGAGCACGCACUCUUCUCUUGCUCCGUGGUGGAUGUCUUCUCCCAGCUCAACCAGAGCUUCGAGAUCAUCAAGAAGCUUGAGUGCCCUGACCCCCAGAUUGUUGGGCACUAUAUGCGAAGGUUUGCCAAGACCAUCAGCAAUGUGCUCCUCCAGUAUGCUGAGAUCAUCUCCAAGGAUUUUGCCUCAUACUGCUCCAAGGAGAAGGAAAAAGUGCCCUGCAUCCUGAUGAACAACAUCCAGCAGCUCCGUGUCCAGCUUGAGAAGAUGUUUGAAGCCAUGGGUGGGAAGGAGCUGGACACAGAAGCCAGUGAUAUCCUCAAGGAACUGCAGGUGAAACUCAACAACGUCCUGGAUGAGCUGAGCCGGGUCUUUGCCACCAGUUUCCAGCCGCACAUUGAGGAGUGUGUGAAGCAGAUGGGUGACAUCCUUGGCCAGGUGAAGGGCACUGGCAACGUCCCUGCCAGUACCUGCAGCAGCGUCGCACAGGAUGCUGACAACGUCCUGCAGCCCAUCAUGGACCUCCUGGAUAGCAACCUGACGCUCUUUGCCAAGAUCUGCGAGAAGACGGUGCUGAAGCGGGUGCUGAAGGAGCUCUGGAAGCUGGUGAUGAACACGAUGGAGAAGACCAUUGUCCUGCCCCCUCUCACUGACCAGACGGGCACGCAGAUGAUUUUCAAUGCAGCCAAGGAGCUGGGGCAACUCUCCAAGCUGAAGGACCACAUGGUACGGGAGGAAGCCAAGAGUCUGACCCCAAAGCAAUGUGCAGUGGUGGAGCUGGCGCUGGACACCAUCAAGCAAUACUUCCAUGCUGGUGGCGUGGGGCUGAAGAAGACGUUCCUGGAGAAGAGCCCUGACCUGCAGUCGCUGCGCUAUGCCCUGUCCCUCUACACCCAGGCCACUGACCUCCUCAUCAAAACCUUUGUGCAGACCCAGGCUUCACAGGUUCAUGGUGGGAAAGGUAUUAGGUUUACCCUUAGUGAAGAAAUUUAUCCUGAGAAGGGCUCUGGUGUGGAUGACCCUGUUGGGGAGGUGUCCAUCCACGUGGAGCUCUUCACCCACCCUGGUACUGGUGAACACAAAGUCACUGUCAAAGUGGUGGCUGCGAACGACCUCAAGUGGCAGACAUCGGGCAUCUUCCGGCCCUUCAUCGAGGUCAACAUCAUUGGGCCCCACCUCAGUGACAAGAAGAGGAAAUUUGCCACCAAAUCCAAGAACAACAGCUGGGCCCCCAAGUACAAUGAGAGCUUCCAGUUCACGCUGGGGACAGAGACGGGCCCCGAGUGCUACGAGCUGCAGGUGUGUGUGAAGGAUUACUGCUUUGCCCGGGAGGACCGGACAGUGGGCAUCGCUGUCCUGCAGCUCCGUGAUAUCCUGCAGCGGCCUGGCUGCGCCUGCUGGCUGCCCCUGGGCCGCCGCAUCCACAUGGAUGACACUGGCCUCACUGUCCUCCGCAUCCUUUCCCAACGCAACAAUGAUGAGGUGGCCAAGGAGUUCGUCAAGCUCAAGUCGGACACACGUUCAGCUGAGGAGGGCAGCAGUUAAACCCCUUCCGCCUCCCUAGCCCUCUCCCCCCACUUCUGGUCCCUUUUCUACAGCAUCCUCCAGCCAUGUAUAAGCCAUAAGAGCGGCCACAAGAGGAGUCUCCUUCCAGGUCCUGGUGUGGGUGAGGGGGACACGGCUGCAGUUACAGACACCCCCCCCCCCCCC